AUGGCAGGCAUUUACAAAAGAGUUUCAAUAUGCCAAAGCCCUUCAUUAAGCUCUUUUCUUUUUAAGUAUAGAUAUUAGCACAUAACAUUCAAAGGAAAAUGAUGAUGAUGAUGAUGGGAGGGAACAACCAAUUUACUACACAAAACGAGGGUGGUGAGCCCUUAGGUAACAAUGGGAUGAACAACAGUGGUGUCUGUAGUGGAAGAGAAAGCGGGAUACCGUUGAAAAAGGGGCCGUGGACGGCGAUAGAGGAUGCGGUGUUGGCAGAAUACGUGAGGAGUCAUGGUGAAGGGAGUUGGAAUGCUGUGCAAAAGAACACAGGGUUGGCACGUUGUGGGAAGAGUUGUAGGCUUAGAUGGGUUAACCAUUUGAGACCAAACUUGAAGAAAGGAUCUUUUUCUCCUGAAGAAGAAAAGAUUAUUAUUGAGUUGCAUGCUAAGAAGGGGAAUAAAUGGGCUCGUAUGGCUAUUCAGCUUCCUGGAAGAACAGACAAUGAAAUCAAGAACUAUUGGAACACAAGGGUGAAGAGAAGGCAACGCCAAGGCCUCCCACUUUACCCACCUAACGUCCAACCCUUCUAUUCCCAGCACCAGCACCAGCACCAGCACCGCCAGCGUCACUCACAUCCUCCCUCACCUAUUCCUUCUCCUCCGCCAACCACCGCACCCAACUCCUGUUUCUCCUUCCAAACUCCCGUAGUGUCUCUUCACACCUCAAAUCCCAUGCCUCUUCAUCCUCUCCACAUCCCUCACAGACCACCACCUCAAAACUUCCUUUACAAUCCUCAUUCAGCCUUAACAACGCCGCCUCUGCCACUCCAAAGCCCGAAUUCAGCCUCGACGCCGCCGCCUCUCCCUAGCCCUUCCGCUUCAACACCACCCCAUAUCUCCCCACUUCACUCUCCCCAUAACCCACCUCCUUUCCCAACUCUCCCUCUAAUCAAUUAUCCCAAUACCACCACCGACGACGACUUCUUCCAUAGCAACAAGCGGUUCAAGCAUGACAGACUUCAAAGCAACAAUUACAAUAACAAUCAUCUUGAUGCUACAAGCUCGAGCUUUACAUUGCCGUUUUCACCAAUGCAGCACUAUUCGAAUCGAAUGACACUCGAUCUUCCUUCAUCGUCGAGGACAACAUUUAAUCAUCAUCCUCAUCAGGAUUCUGGGGAUUUUUACCCGUUGAAAAUGGAUCUCCGUUCGAACCAAAUCAACGACGAUGGGUUGUUGGAGACAAUGCUGCAGGAAGCUCAGGCACUAGCCGCCAAUGGCAGCGGUGGCAAUAAUGAAAUACCAAAAGAGACGAUGAACGCUGCACAAAAUGAAGAAGACUAUUCGAGGCUAAUCAACAUUGAUGGUCCUUCUUCCUUUAGCAUCGCGAUCCCCGAAUGGUGCAACGACAGUGGCGAAAGCUCCGAGCGGCAGCCCUUUGCUAUAAUAGAUAAUGAAAAUCAUUUAGCCCCUGAUAACCAUCAGAUAGCUUCAUUGUACCCAGCUGAUAUUUCGCCCCACCAUGCUGCCAGGUCUUCGAGCGUUCGAUCCUGGGACAACUUUCCGAUACAAGCACAUAACAUUCAAAGGAAAAUGGUGAUGAUGGGAGGGAACAACCAAUUUAAUGCACAAAAGGAUGGUGGUGUGUCUUUAGAUAGCACUGGGAUGAACAACGAUGAUGUUGGCAUUGGAAGAGAAAGUGAGAUAGUGUUGAAGAAGUGGUCGUCAAUCGUGCGGAGGAUGCUGUGUUGUCGGAGCACGUGA